AUAAUUAUAUAUAAAUGCAUACAAAUGCAUUUUAUGGGUCCGAGCAGCUCGCAGUUGUGGGCCCCUUAAUCCUCGGCCAUAGUUUAUUUUGCUUUCUAAAGGAUUGCAAGCUGGAAUGAGCAAGUAACCACAAAUGCACAACAGUUAUAGUAUUCAGUGUGACUUCAUCAAAUUGGUUAAUUCACAAGUGAACUGGAAAGUUGCAGGUCUGCCUCACAUAAACACAGGGACUGUAUCAGAGCAGCUAUCUGAGCUGUGAACUCAGCAGUCUCUGUGUGUGUGACGCACACAGUCCAGAUAGCCUCCUCUCAAGCAAAGCUGUGUUGAUAUACACUGGAAGAGAAAUCAUUAAUCAGUUUCAUGGUAGGAUUGAGAAGAACAAACGCUGUAAUGUGACCCGGCAGCACCAGGUGACCAUACUCUCUGCUUUCACUGCUGCUCUUCACCAGUGGCCAGUCCCGCUCCCCAUCACUGUCACCUUACCUCACAGGCCUCAUAAAUCAUUCAGCGCGCCAUUGAAGGUUGUGCAGACUAACAGGCCUGGAUGUUAGAGGCACAACAGGUUAUGUGUGCACAACUACAGCGGGACAGGAGAAGGUUUAUCAAGCAGGUGGACAAUCAUGAUAAUGCAAAGGACUUGCAGAUGCAGCAGUUUCAGGUGCUGGUGGUGGAUGUUUGCUUCUGCCCUGCAAACUCUGACUCAUGGAAACAACUUCAGUCAACAUAACCAGGAGAGGCCCUGCAAGCCAGGUUUCUACUGCCCAAUGGAGAGCUCCACAGCACUCCCCUGUCCUAAGGGAACCUACGGGCCGACUGCUGAUGCUGUGUCAGUAGACAGCUGUCUGCAGUGUCCCCCUCACCACUACUGUCCUAGACCGGGCUUGUCCACCUCCCUGCUGUGUGGUCCUGUGGCUCAGCAGCCUCUCUCUGGACAGGACACCUGCAUCUGCCCGGGGGAGGGACAGAGUUUUCAGACCAGUGAUGGACGAUGUCAAUGCACCAUUGGCUACCAGCCCACUAACAAUAGAGGAGCGUGUGUACACAAACUGUACGAUGUCUGCAGGGACGGUAAAACACGCACGCAGUAUGGAGACUGCAUGAACAGACACCAGUGGUCACUUCAUUGCAGACAGCAGGUGUGUACGUCUGCAGAGGACUACCAGGGCUACGAUGGAGAGCUGGGUCUGUGUGUUUGCAGAGAGCCCCCUGGACGAGCUGCGUGCGGUGGCCUGUGCAGGAGCAGGCCGGCCACUGAGCUGCAGCUCCGGUGCCAGUCCAGCAGAGAUAUGGAGCUGGUGUGGAGCUAUGACAGCAAGGUGCAGGUGUCGGCCGUCUCAGGCAGCGUUCUGCAGACGGCUUUCAAACAGUGGGACUCCCAGGGGACUCUGCAGUGCAACAGCCGUCUCGACUCCCUGCGUCCUGUCUACAUUGUUCUGACAACAGACGCAGGAUUCCUCGGCCUCCUGAGUGGCCUCCCAGAGGAAGUUCAGCGCCUGUUUCCUGUCAGCACGCAGCGGGACCCCGGCAGCUCGGCCGAGGAGGACUUUCUGCAGGAGGACACCACAGGAGGAGAAAUUAAUUCCAGCAGGACAAGGGUAAACAAGAGAGACAUGAAGGAAGAAGUGAGAGGAGUUACUGGAGUUCUGAACCCAACAACAUGCCUCCAGUUGGGCGACAUUAUCCUGUUUACUGUGGACACGGGCCACUAUCCUCUGUACGAUCUGGACAGCCUGUACAACACCAACAGUGGCUUUGACUGGGGUGCGUUCAGGCAGCUGAAAGAGGAGCUGACUCUGUCCUGGACUCCUCCCAGCUUCUUCUCAGUGGUCUUUAACCAGCCUGGUGUUUACGUUUUCACACUGAGCAGCCAUCAGCACAAACACAUGUAUGUACGAGUGAUGCCUGCAGGGGCCCAGUGUUACGAGCCUGGGCCCUUCUUCCCCACCAUCCCCCGUCAUGUGACCAGGGUGGGAAUCAGUCGCAGGCGCAACCUCUUACUUCGACCAGAUUGGUUGGCGACUGGAGGUUUGCUGUUUGGAGCUGUGGUCAUCCUCUGUUUGUGUGUUACAGUCCUGAUCCUGUUUCGAGAGUACGGAUGGCCCGAGAAGAAACCAAUCAGAGCGCGGUAUCGCUUGCUGCAGUUGGCCUACCACAUGGACGAUUACUCAUCGAAGGGUUCAAGGGUGAUCUCACUCAGGAAGAUUCACCGCAACCAACAAGCCAGAGUGACACAAGACUCCAUUCAAGCAGUCUGUGGGGACACGCUGGGGGAGUUCUGGGAUUAUGAGCACCAGGUGGAUCUGGAGGCUUUCAGCAGCAGCACCUUCUACAGCCUUCUGCUCACACAGAGCCUGUCUGUCACAACACGGCUGGGGCAGCUCACCACUGAGGUAAAGGAGCUCUACCAGGGAGUGCUCGGGAAACUGCAGCUGCUUCACCCACGCCUGAUCUUAGAGGAGAGGCCGGGUGGGGGUUAUGAGAGGAUGAGGAGGGAGGUGGAGAGGGAGGCCGUGCGACGGAAGACUCUGGCCUCACAGCUGAGGACGCUGCUCGACAGUCAGCUACAGGUUCUGAGACAAGAGCACCAGGCCCAGCAGAGAGUCCACAGUGUGUUUACAGCUCACGUCAGACAGUGCACCCGAUUACUGUCAAAGGUUUACAACAGCAACCCGCCGGCCAGUGAACAACACCAGCAGAAUUGGAUGCAGAGACUCACAGCCCUGGUGGAGGAGAUGGGAGAGCUGGUGUCUGCAGAGUGUCAGCGUCAGGGGGCCUGGGAGUUACUGGGUGACGGUCCAGGGGCCAAGCUGCUUUGUCCUGACUCUGGAACCGUGCUGAACAAGGACCAGAUCUUUGGGCCUGAUGGGUCCUUGCGUGUCUGCCGGGCUCUUCACUGUGAUCCAGUCACAGGCCUCAUCAGACCAGACGCUCACACACAUAUGAUGCUGAGCAGCUGCCAUGCCUCAGCAGUGCCACCUGACUACUUCCUCCACCCGCACACCGGCCGAGUGAUGCCCAUCGCCGGCAAUGUGGCCUUCGAUCCUGCGAGCUCCACGCUGGUGUUCACGACCGGCUUGUGUGCAGGUGACAACAGGAAGUGGGACAGUCCUCUCCUUCCUUUCAUCCCUUACCCGACCUCCUUUCACUCAGAGCAGCCUCUGAUCAGCACCCACCUCAGGGGCCUCAGACCGGGCCAGAGAUUGCAGCUCGGAGCUCCCAUGGCCGACCCAGACACUGGGGUCCCAGUGCCCAUACUGGCUGUGACAAUCCACCCUGAGACUGGACUGGUCUACCCAAUGGGAGGGGUGCAGGUCUGCCCCAUCACCCGCCUGCCUCAGCCCAUACAGAUCGGUUAUCCCAUGCUGGAACCCAGGACGGGUAACGUUGUGCUCACAGUCGGGGUCAGUCUGGAUCCAGUGACAGGAGCUGUGCUGCCAGUAGGGGGAGUCCUUCUGGCUGAAUCCUUCAUAGAACCUCUGAGUGGGCGGAUGGUGAGAGUGAGAGGGGCCAACAUGAGGGCUGGGCAACUGGUCCCUAAUGCAGGAGGACACCAAGGUUUACUAGACUGCAAGGUUCUCACAGCAAUGUUCAGAGUUCUGGAUCUCCUGAAGCCACUGUCUGAGGAGUGGGGUUCAGAGGGCAACUUGCAGGAUCUGCAGCCUCAUCCAGGCAGCGAGAGAGGGAGCGGUCGACAAGAUCAUCUCCUCACCGCGGCCAAGGAGCUCCAGCAGGCCCGGGGGCGGAGCCUGCACGGCCAUCUCCAGUUACAGACCCGGCUGGAGAUGCUGCUGGACUGGGCCGAGGGUCUCCAGAGGGAUGGAGGGAGUCUGGGGGAGAUGCUUCUGUCAGGCUCUGAUGUGGGUGUGACAGCCCUGCUGGGGAUGGAGUAUCCUGACCCCAUGGGAUCUGGUCUCAGUGUGCCCGUGCUGGGAUGUCACACCGACUUGGUCGCUGGGGUUACUGUACCCUUGGCAGGGACCAUGGAGGACCCGGAUGGAAAAGGCCUGGUGGCGAUCCGUUAUGGAUCUCAGACUGUGGACCCAGUGACAGGGACGUUGGCACCAGUGGUUGGAGCCAGACUGGAUGUGUCCAGGAAGCACAUCCUGCCUGUUACAGCUUCCUACUGGUUAACAAUGGCAGAUCAAACUGAUGGUGUGCAGGUGGAGGCUCUGCAGAGGGAGGUGUGUGUGCGAAACACCUACUGGCAGCAUCAGAGGCAGCGUGAGGAAGACAUCCUGUCUGAUCUGGACUCAGCUCUUCUCCAGUAUCUCGUCAGAGUCACAGAAGUUAAGUCGUCUCAGCAGCUCCAGUGGUCAGGGAGGCAACUGAGGGAAGCAGCUGCGGAGCUGCAGGAGUCAUCGCAGGCCGAGGCCCAGAGGAGAGCCGCUCAGCACUCCCACCUGGCUCUCAUGCUGCCUCCACAUGUACUACACAUCCUCACGCAGGGUGAUGAGGAGGAGUGGGAUCAGCAGAGCAUCUGGCAGUCGGAGCUGGUGUCGGGGCUCGAUAAGGUGGAUGUGUGUGUGGAGCAGCUGCAGCAAGAGCAGGAGAAGUGGACAGAGGGAGGAGACUGGGCCACAACUCUGCAUGCUGUGGACAGAGAGCUGAGUCAGAGAGAGCUGUGGGAGCAGUGCUGCUCCAGACAGACGGAGUUGGAGGCCGCUCUCGUCGCUCUGCACUUCGUCAGACACAUCUGUCAGCUGCGUGCCGACACCGCUCAGGCAGUGCUGUGUGGUAACUUCUGGUACAAGGACUAUGGUCUGGUCCAGUGCACCAGGAAGAGGCCAACUAAGGUCAUGGGUUUGCUUCAGCAGAAAGCUCUGCCUCUGCUGGAGAGACUGAACCAGCUGCUGGAAGAAAAACAGUCGGCCAGCUUUUCCCCCAACACCUGCAAUCAUCACGUCUCAGGUUUAUCAAUUAAACCGCCAUACGGGCUGGAGAUAGCCUCCAGGGUCUGGACUGCCUCUGUGCCUGUGGUGAAAGGAAUCUCCACCCAGUCUCUGAGGGAGCCUGUUAAUGUAGCUCAGACCCAGGACAAUGGUAUGCAGGCUGGCUCGGCACCAACACACAACUCACAGACACACACCGCCUGUUCGGGCGUCCAGUCCCAGGAGAGCCGUCCUGUGAAAGAGUCUGCUCAGCCCACACACAUCUCUGUCCCCACAGUCCCAGAGGAGGAGUGGACCAGGCUGCUGGAGCUUUCUCCUCUGUUCCAGCUGCUGAAAGUCGUAGAGCUGCAGCUGAGGGGCUGGGCCGGCGGGGCGGGGCUUCUGAGAGGAGAGCUCAGCGAAGGAGGCAACAGCUUCGUCGAUAUCCUUGAUGCUCAGUGGGAAUGUGAGGGAGAGCUGAUCCCUGUAGACCCGUCAGUCCUCAACCCUCGAGAGUUCCUGGUCUACCAACAUGGACUCUUCCUGAUGCAAACAUUACACAGUCUACAACUGACUCCAGCUAUUUCCCUUCAGAUAACUGCCAGUCUGCCGAACAACAACUACUUGAACAAUGCCUUCAGAAAUUCUUUCUUUUAUCAGGAAGCAGAGGAGAUGCUCUUUGUCCGUCGCCAGAGGCUCCAGUCAGUUGGAGGCUUCUCUCUGCUGCUGCUCCACUGUCUGGCCCAUGUCAAAGUUAAAGACAUGAGCUCCGACUCCAGUCCCGCCUUCCAGAGGCUUUUCUUCAAGGAAAGGAAGCCAAUUUGGGUGCGGGGUAUCAACACCAGCAGGCCCCUUCAGGAGACUCCCAUGGGACUCUGUCCAACUUUCACGCUGCCUCCCUCCUUCACAGGCUUCACAAACCAAACCCAGGACUGCUCUCUGAAGAUGUAA